CAGUCCCAAUGCAGCGAGGGUAUGGGUGGAGUAUAGUUUUUUUUUUAAUGCAGUGUUUUUAAAUGUAUGUUGUCCAGCAAGGCGCCGGCGGAUCUCGGACAAGCAGGAAUUAGGUGGACAGCGCGCUGGGAAAGUUUCCCCCUCCCUCCUCCCCGGAGCUGCGCUCGCGGUGGCUCGGACCCUCGGCUCCGUAAAAUGGCUGGCUGUAGGUCCGAGGAAGCAGCGAGGAGGACGGGAUCCGCUUCGGUCGCGAACUGACACGUUUCUCCGCUCCGGCUGACGUGACUGUGAUGCUGCUGUCCCAGGUCCGACAGCUGGCACAGCGCAGCCUCACAAUAAACACAUAUUGGCGUUUCGGACCUAAGUCUGUGCGUAAUGGCGUCCUCCAUGGACAGCUCUCCUUGGUUUUAUUCCCAGUAAUCAUUUAGAGCAGCUAUAUGUUGCGUUUCGAGAUGAUUUCCAAUCAUUUUAUGAGGCGGAAUCUAUUCGUUAUCCGUGUUGCAUUCAGGUGAUUGGAUGGUGCUGGAAAAUGUAAAUUCUCGCCUCCGCGGCGUUUCGACUCCAGUCUAACAUCUCUGUCGGAAAUAUGGUUAGGUUAAUUAAAAAUAGUACAACCCUCCUCCUGGAGGAAAAUUAGAAGAUGCAGCAUCAUAUGCAUUGCUCCUUAUUCGUUUUAGAAAUAAAACACCAUUAAAAACUAGUGAUAAACGUUGGCUUGACCCUUUAAUUAUAAUAUAAAGCAUAAUAAUAAGUAUUAUUAUGCAGUUUGUUUCUAACUCUUUCAUUUUAACGGGUGUUUGCUUUUAAAUGAAUGUUGACAUGAUUAUUUUCUAAUCCCUAUUCCUUUCUUCCUUAUAUUUUAUAAAAUAGGAAUAGUUAUGCCCCAAAAUGGAUUCUCAGUUGGCCUCAGUCCUAACAAGUGGCAGCCUGAAAGUCCAAAAUGGCAGCCAGUGUGCAGAGGCACAGGAGCCCGUGACAAAGGUCGUUCUGGACCAAAAGGAUAAAAAAUUCCCACCCAGUACCAAACCGGGUAACCUGAAGUCUGGCUCAGUCAGAGCUGCUGUGGCCAUCAUCAGGCGAGAUGCUCAAUCAGUCAACAGGGAACAGCCAGAGGUGGGCGGGACAUCUGAGCCGGUCUCUCAGGAAACCAGUAAGAUUGCUGGGAUUGGACAGCCAAUUACAGCCAAGCAUGGGGUGCCGGUCCUGGGUAAGCAACCAAUAAGGAUCAGAAUUGUUGUCCCCCCUGAGUGCAAUAGGCCAAUGAUAAACUGUGCUUUCAGCCCAACCAAAGACACUUCUGGGUCACAGUUUAGUGAAACUUUGAUUUCUGCUGAAAGAGAUUUCACAGAAAACAACAGAGAACAAGUCCCCAUAUCAGCUUCUCAGAAGAAAGAAGAGAUUAGUGGAGAUGCUACAGCAGAGAGAAAUGUAAAAAUCACACAAAUGGAUGGGUCAGACUCUGAUCUAAUCUCCAAUACCGAUACAGUUAAAGUUUUGAGCCAUCUUUGGAUUAAAGAGGAACCUACAGAGAAAUCAGUUGAGCAUAAUAUUCCUCUGAUGAUUCAAGAAAUGAACACCAGGUCUUUUAGAACAUUCAGUGAGGCAGAGAUGGAGGAACAGAUGGAGCCGCUGGAUCUGAGUCUGCCCAAGACAAAAGAGAAGAUCUACGGGCGCUUUCUGGAGGAUCCGGGAUGUGCGAGCCCCCUGAUAAUGGAGGUGGAUGAGUUUGAGGGAGAUGGAGACAGAGACAUGGUGGAGGGAGACAGUGAUGAGGGCUCUGUGGACUUUUCUACUUGCGUCCUUAAAUCCCUUUCUUCAGGAGAGGACAAUGAAAACCUUCUCCUUAUUGAUGAUCAAGGAAUCCCCUAUACUCUAAGUCCAGAUGGACUCAAAGUGCCCCAAAUUGAUGCCUCCAUCUUAGGGGGCCAUCAGUCGGAUCAGGUUCAUUUGAUACAGAAGGAAGAGGAAGACGGGUCAUCAGAUUUGGCAGGUCCAAGCUAUAGCCAAAGUUUAGAGAAUGCACUAGAUGCACCUGGUGAUUUUCCUGCCAGUGAUCUGUCUCCACAAGGAAGUGAUACGUUAAAUCUGAUGACUAACUCUGAUACUUCAGUUACUGUAGAGGUGAAUGUCAAAGAUACUCAGGAGGCUAAAACAGCAGUAACCCCUUUAUCGGGGAUAUCACUCUCUAGUCAAACUAUUCAAAUCUUGACCAACCCUUCAACCAGUGCUCCCCUCCUCCUCCUGUCUUCCUCCUCCCCUCAGCUCUCCUCCCCUCCGGUUGGUCUCUCGCUUCCCCUCUCAGUGACCUCACCGGGUGCUUCCACACCCAUGUUGCUUCUCCUCUCCUCUGUACCCUCCACAUCUACAGAUUCCACCUCUACCUCCACCCCCAUUGCUGUCCUCGACCCCUCGACUGGUCAGCUGUCCCAGGUUACUGCAACCUCAGGUCAAGUGUCUCUCCCUUUGUCUUCGGGUCAGGUCAACGCACUCGGAUCGCCUCUUUCCAACUUUUCUAACCCUGUAAUCAGACUGGAUCCCAGCAACUCGCCUCUCAUCCUGUCAGGUGUUGACAGCAUGGCCUCUGGCCCCGUCCUCACCUCCCUCACUGUCCCCUCCCCCACCGUCUGUUUGCAGGACAGCUCCCUCAGCACGGCGAUCCAAACUCAGAUCUGCUACUCUCAGUCAAACCCAGGAAGUGAAGCCAUAUCUAAUGAAGAAGUCACCAGUGAAAACAACAAGCCAUCAUCUUUUGCAGCCACCUCUGCACAGUCCCACUCUCCGACCUGUGACCCCACAAUUCUACAUCCUUCCGAGGCAGAGGCCCAGUUACCAUCCUCAGAAUUGAAGUUUGGUUCCUCAGAUUUCCACUCAGAGCAUCUUCCUCUGGAUGACCACCUCUACUUCUCCAACGCCACAGCUCCCCCACCUCCGUCUCCUUCACCUCCCAUUGGACCCCUCCUUCCGUCAGGCAAGCUGGACUCUCUUGACGCUCUGGACCCCCUCUCACCAGCGGAGUCUCCCACCAACCUGGGCCCCCGCAGGGUGCUGUGCUGCCAGCUGUGCCCUCGGAUCUUCUUUUACCUCUCUGACCUGGAGCGGCAUGCCAUCACACACUCUCAGAAGAAGCCUCAUGUCUGCCAGCAGUGCGGCAAAGCCUUCAAACGCUCCAGCCAUCUGCAGAGACACAAGCACAUCCACACAGGCCAAAGGAACUUUGUGUGCCCCAUCUGCACCAAGCGUUUCAGGGAGGCCGGCGAACUGCAGCGCCAUCAGCGGGUACACACCGGAGAGAAACCCUACCAGUGCCAGCUUUGCCACACACGUUUCGCCGAGCGCAACACCCUGCGACGACACACUAAACGCAAACACCCGUUUCACCAGGUGGCUGUGGAAAUGCUUAACGAGAAAAAAGACAGAGGAGACAGGGCAGGAGGCGCCGGCAGAGGAGGUGCGCAGGAGGAAGAGGAGAGCGCCGAGUGGUAUAGCUCUACCGUAUCCACUCUGGAUAACUCUGAGUCUGAGGUGGACACUGCAAACUGAAUGAAGGGACGAUCACCCCACUUAGGGUCUAAACCUUGACAUUUAAUGAAGGGAGCUUUCAGUAUUUAUUCCAGUUUAGAUAUGAAGUACUUAUUAUUCCCAUUCUAAUUAAUGGGCCAAAAUCACAGGCAUAAUGUUUUGUUUUUGUUAAAUAAGGGGAAAGCUCAUAAGAGUCUAAAUGCUAUUUAAAAUAUUAACAUGUAAAGAUGCGUUUUCAUGCAAUCUAUGAAAAAUCCCUAAAGUGCUCAGAAAAGAAAGAUUAUUUAGUCUAAACUUAUUUCUGCUUUAGUUGUACAUAGAAAGAGAGCUAUUUGUAAAAGCUGCUCUUCUGCACUAUCUCGUAUGAAAGAUGUGAUCUUUCCUACCGUCAGAGACACUGUGAGUUGUUUGCACUUGUUUGAUUUAAAUCAGAAUCCACUUUUUCACAAAUUGAGGGGGAAAUCUUUUUCUUUUUCAUUUCAGUGACUGUUCUGCUUUUAUGACCAAAUGUGUUUAAGUUAUUCUAACACUGUAUCAGAUUUUUUCCCCCCAGAUGUGAAUUAUGUUAAUUUAUUGGAAUAAAAUAUU